UGUUUCGACGGAGGUAUACAUUUUAUUCGUAACGGAACCACGGUUAGGAACGCAUCGCAGGCGUCGGUUAGGCAAAGUUUCACUCCAAACGAUUAUUUUUUUUCGGACUUUGGCUCUAGUUUAGGUGUUUGAGUUUCAGUGGUUUGUGUUCUGCUAAUUGAAACGGAAAGGGACAUAGAAAAUAGAACAUUACUAUAGCACGAAAACGAUACUGAACUAUGUGAUUGAAUAGUGUGAGAGAGUCCUGGCUGUUACAAUUGUGUAACAAUCUACCUGAUAACUAAUCACAGCCCGAUCAGUCACACGAUCAUGAGUGCGUGAAAAACUCCACCAAACUUGCAGAUGAUAUGUGCACCGAGCAGUAGUAGUGUACCAAAAACCCGUCUACUUCACGUGUUAUGUACAAAAAAACAAAUUUGAUUCACUGUUAAGUUUCGUUCUAUUAAGUUGCCGAAAGGUUUAUUAGCGUUGGCAUAUCAUUUACGCCUUGUUUGAACUCGUUUUGCUCAAGUGUUACACGCCGUUGCAAAAGUGUUUCUGCGCGGUUUUUUUUUCUUCACUGUUUUGUUUCGUUUAUAACCCUCGGUUAACACCCAAAACUCUAUAUAAAUGUUGAAAAUGUCGUUCUCGAAGGCGAAGCUGAAGAGAUUCAACGAUGUGCCAGCCGUUUCAUCUCCUUCAGCUUUUGCUGAACCAAAAGAGAAGGAGAUCCCGAAGAAAUCGAAAAAGGAAGAUAAAAUCAAGAUCGGUGGCAGCAUGGACGCGGAAUCGAUAAAGACAACGAAAAGCGCACUAAGCCUGUUCCGUACACCAUCGUUACCGCGUCGGUUAAAGUUUAAACACAUCUCUGACCUGACGCCCAAGAAAGCUUCCUCCAAGGAGGAAAAAGCCAACCGCCUAGCGUCAACGACAGAAGCCUCAACGGAUAAGCUAUCCGAUGGCGCGAGUAAAGUACCUCCGAUCGUCCAACUCUACAACAAGAUCGAUGUGAACAAAGAGGCACUUGGAAAAGCGCGGGAAGAGAAUGAGCAGUUGAAGGCCAAGAUGCAAGAGCUCCGGGCCGAACAUCAGCGUGCCGAACUGGAACGGAUGAGUUUGCUGGCGGAAAAGGAUAACCAGAUCGUGCUGCUCGAGCGCGAACUGACAAGCAUCACGAAGGCGGACGAAUUGCUACAGCACAUUACGGAGGGUUGUCUGGAGAAGGUGAAAGAGUACGAGCAGGAGAUCCGGAACCAGCACCAAAGCUACGAACGGCAGCUGUGCGAUAUGCAUGACUCCAAGACGGAGCUGGAGAUUCGGUAUGAUGAGCUGCUCGUCGUCCAUAGGAUGCUGCAGAACGAUUACGACGUGAUCGAGGGUGAGAAUCAUUUCCUGAACGAGGAAAUGGUUGCGCUGCGUGAAAUCCUUGAAGCACACGAUAUGGAACUACAGCGCAAAACCGACGAGAUUAAGCUGAUGGAGGACGGGCUGAAUGAGCUCGUGAUCGAGGGUCGUGAUCUGAAGGAGCAGGUGAAGUAUCUGAAGACACAGGCCGAGGAGGACAUGAUGCGUUACGUCGAGGAGGGUCGCAACACGAUCCGGGAGAUCGACCAGCUGAAGCAAGAGAACGCCCGUCUUUUGACCGUUCUGGCGGAAAAGAACGCGAUCGUGGCGGGUAUGCAGGAGGAACUGAACGAGCGUCAGUUCGAGAUGGACGACAUGCGCAACGAUAUUCGGAACGAGCUCAACCAGGAGUUGACGGCGUUGUGCAAAAAGCAUGAAGCCCAGCUCGCCACUAUGACGGAGCUGAACGAGAUGAAGAUCAAGGAGUGUGAAUCGAUCUUCGUGCUGGAGAAGUCGAAACUGGUCAAGGAACAUUCGGACCGCAUCAAGCGACUCGAGAAGGAGCAACAACGCGAGAUCGAACGAAUUGGUGAGCAGGCGGAGGAAAAGAUCCGCAUCGCAGACAUUCAGAACGAGGAGCGCGUGAAGGCACUGGAGCUUUCUAUCCAGAGCUCGAUCUCGGCAGCGCUCGCGAGCGAAAAGAUGCACUGGCAGAAGGAGUUGGACAAGUGUCAGAAGAUUGCCGAAACGGAAAUCAUGCAGAGUGAAUUUGAGAAGCGCGAUCUGCGCACACUUUGGGAAGCUUCCAAUGAGGUGAUCAAGGACAACGAGAAUAAGAUCGCCGAUUUGGAACGUCGACUGCAGGUGGAGCUGGAGCCGGGUGCAAAGUCACGCGACGAGCUGGAAACGGAAAUCCGUGAUUUGUCGCUGGAAUGUUCGCGACUGAAGACGGAAAAGUACAACUAUCAGCUGACGCUCAAUAACACACGCUCCACGGUGAACAUUUUGAUGGAGAGGCUCAAGAAGUCGGACGGUGAUGUGGAGUUGCUGAAGGCAGAGCUGGAGCAGGUUUUGCGCAGCAAGACGGAGAUUGAAACGGCCAACAAUAAGCUGCGCGAGGAGGUGACCGAAUAUCAGCGAGUGCUCGGUGCGCUACACGCAUCUUCCAGCCUGAUGGAGAAGGAGAUGCGCGAAAAGAAUGAAGUGUUCGAGAAGCUAAUGAACUCGGAGGAGGAUGCCAUUCUGACGGUGUCGCAGAUCGGGAAACUGUUCAGCGAUCGUAUGGAACAGAGCAUGGGCCGCUAUCUGGAGAUGUACGAGGAGCUGAAGAAGAAGUACGAUGCCCGGGAAGCGUACAUUCAGGAUCUGAAGGCAUUGCUAGACGAGUUUGCCAACGGUAUCGAACUGGCACGGAUCGAGCUGGACACGAAGGAUAAGAAAAUAUUUGAACUGGAAAACGAAAACAAGAACAUCAAGCUGGAGAACAUGACGAUCCGGUUUAAGUGUGAGCAGUUCGAGAAGUACAAUCAGGAUGAGAGUCGAGUGCCACAGCCUUCGCCCGAGCUGCACUGCCCCAGUCACACCGAUGCGGAAGACGAUGAACGAUUGGUGCCGAACUUUUUGAUCGAAAACAUCAUCAACCAGCUGGAACAGGAGGGUAUGGCGGAUAAGGAUGCACUCGGUACGAUUCAGGAGAUUAUCGAGGGUGGCCACGAUCAAAAUGGGACGGAAAUUAUCGAUAAGCUAAAGGAAACGGAAGAAAAGCUUCGCAUAGUGGAAGAAUUUGCCAAAGAGACAUCGGAUAAAUAUACGGAGCUGCUGGAAAAUCAGAACAACCGACAAAAGAUGAAAAAUCUGGAAUGUAAUAAGGAUCAACAGCAGCUAAAAGCGAAAAUUGCCAAAUUACAGGAGCUGAACAAGAAGCAGGAAAACACAAUCCAAAACCUACAACAGCAGCUUUCCUCCUUCGAUUCUCCACAGAAGCUGAACGGAUCGAUGAAGUACCUUUCGGCCACGGCCAGUCCGAAAACGCCGAAGAAGCUGAUCGUGUCACCGUUCCCCGGCAAGGAGAAUUGCUCACCGGCCCAGGUCGGUGUGUUCAGUCCACGGUCGAACGUGCUGCGGACAAGGAACAACUAAUUGUGAUCGAAUCACGUGAUCUGCCACCGGCUGCUGCCGGUUGAUCAACGAUUACGAUGGUCAGGUUUCCUAGAAAACGCUUGAGGCAAUUUAAAUGUGACUCCUGCCGCAUGUAACCGCACGCGGUACUUGAGGCAACGAUUGUAGAUCACUGAAGAUGUAAAUUAAAAAUUAUUUAUUUGUCCUGUUCAUCCAUUUCCUACUUCCCAUCACGAAUGCGCAAGCGCUUAUGGAACAUGACCAAAAUUCAUUCUCAUGCUCGAUGCGUGUGAAGAAUAAAUCAGAAAAUUUAAUGAAAAAUGUUGUGCUAUUGGUACUGCUUUUGUGAUGUAAAACGAAAGAAUAUUAUUAAAUGUUGGGG